AUUGGGGACCCAAAACGGAGAUGUUUGGAAAACGAAUAAGAAAUUUUGCAUGAGUAUGCUGCAUGACCUAGGAUUUGCGAAGACCCAGAUAGAGGACCAUAUGAUGAUGCUCUUCCGCCGCCUUGCCAAGCAGUUGGGAGAAACCCUUGGAGAAUCAUUGUCAGUACGCAGCCUCAUCAUGAACUGCGCAGUCGGCAAUGUUGCGCAUUUUUUCUUCCCGUCGGGACUACCCGACGAAGACGCUGUAUGGCAGCAGUUCACCGAACACCUCGAGAUAAUAGGCGCUACAAUGCUCAAGGCCCCACUCUUCGAGUCCACGCCACGGUGGCUACGAAACCUGCUAGAGCGCGUCCCUUUCACUAGGAUAAGGAAAACAUGCCAACUAAUGAAUGGGUACGAAUCAUUCAUCAGGGAACAGAUUGAAAAAUACAGACCCCGGUCGAUGGAGGACUCCAAGCGUGAUUUCAUUGCUCAGUACACCGAGAAGAUUGAACAGGCCAAAGGCGAGCCGGAUCCAACGUUACAAUACCGCUACCUUGUCGGAAACGUGAAAGACAUAAUCAUGGCGGGCUCGUUCAGCACGACUACAACCAUGUACUGGCACUUUCUGAAUUUCGCCGUAAACCGGGACACCAUACAGGCUCGUGUGCAGCAAGAAAUCGACGAAGUGGUUGGUCAGCAGAGGGAGCCGACUUGGGAAGACAGGAAGCGAAUGCCGUACACCCAGGCUUGCCUGUGGGAGAUGGGACGCUGGAAAACCGGAACACCCCUGGGAGUGGCCAGAGAAGCAAGCGACGACAUCGUGGAGGAUGACAUCAUUAUACCCAAGGGCACUGUCAUUAUUUUCAAUAUUUGGGCUGCACACAAUGACCCCACGUACUGGACGGAGCCCCAUAGGUUUGACCCGGGUAGAUUUCUGAACGAAGACGGAUCAAUCCUACAGGAAAUACCUCGGCAUCUGAUCCCAUUUUCAGUUGGGCGCAGGUCGUGUCCCGGGAAGACUUUCGCCUCAAUGGAAUUAUUUCUACUGGUGACAUUUGUUCUUCAAAAAUUCCAAAUCGUCCUAGACCAGCCACUGCAGCAGGACCUAAAUGAUCCAGGCCUCACCUUACAACAUUUGAAACAUGUGAAGUUUCGGUUCCUACCACGUCACUAAACUGAAACCAAAACAUUUCUGCUUGACAGCUUGCAAUUUAUUU